AUGGGCAGACUAUAGACGCUCAGUGGAUGAAGGCGACUUGACAGUGCAGACGAGCGCACGUCGCUUAAGCCACACAUAUUGCUGGUUGCGAUUUUUGAAUUGAAUUUCAACAAUUUUGCAACCUAUCUCACCUUUGAGAUAUUGUUAUUGCUUUCCAAGCCUUUUUUUUUUUUUAACUCACAGCCGAUAUGGACACCAUAUUGGACAACUUCGCUUCGGACAAACUUUUUCCCAAUUCCAACCUGUUGGACCUAGAGGAUCUGAAUGAGAGCGAUUUCUUAUCCAAUGUGCACUUCUCCGAGCAGAUGGAGGAUUUCUCCAAUGACCUUUUCAACAGUUUCUUUGAUGAUCAUCUGUUGGCGGAGAGGAACCCAUUGUUGGAUAUGGAUCUGGACCCUCCAAACCCUGACAUCCAGGCAGAACACAGCUACUCUCUCAGUGGGGACUCUGCCCCACAGAGCCCCUCCAUGCCCAUCAAAUCAGAUGAUGAUGCAGACUCUGAAGGGAUGUGGUCGUUCAGUCAGAAUCUAACAGCCAUUCUAGUGAAGCAGGAGCCCAGCCUGAUGUCAGAGAACUGCCCUGAUACAGCGCCCCCUCUGGCCAACACAAGCACCUGCUCACACCCCCUCACUCUUGCCCCUCCGCCACAGAGGAACCACACAGGGGAGAAGAGUUCCAAAGGCCUGAUCUCAAACUCUGUUCCUGCCAUCAAAGCUGAGCCCAGAGAGGUGAACCAGUUCCUCAGUGUGCCUUCAGAUGAGCAUCUGCGGUUGCCGCCCACUCCUCCCAGCAGCCAUGGCAGCGACAGCGACGGAUCCCAGAGCCCACAUUCACUGCCACCAUUAAGCCCUGGCCACCUGCAGAGCCCACAUUCAUUGCCUCCGUCCAGCCCUGCCCGACUACAGGCCCGAACCUCCACAGCCAUCUCCUCGUCCCCUCUCCUCACUGCCCCGCAUAAGCUGCAAGGAACAUCAGGCCCUUUGAUGCUGACAGAGGAAGAGAAGAGGACUUUGAUCGCUGAGGGAUAUCCUGUCCCCAACAAACUACCGCUCACCAAAACUGAGGAGAAAGCCCUCAAACGGGUGCGCAGGAAAAUCAAAAAUAAGAUCUCUGCACAGGAAAGCCGCAGGAAAAAGAAGGAAUACGUGGAGUGUUUGGAGAAAAAAGUUGAGAACUAUACUUCAGAGAACAAUGAACUGUGGAAAAAAGUAGAGACGCUCGAGAAUGCCAACAGGUCUCUACUCCAACAGCUACAAAGACUUCAGGCUCUUGUGAGCGGGAAAGUGCCUCGGUCCUGCAAGAUCGCUUCCACACAGACCGGAACAUGCCUAAUGGUGGUGGCGCUGUGUUUUGUGUUGGUGCUGGGCUCACUGGUUCCCUGCCUGCCCGAGCUCUCCCUCUCCUCUUCCUCCUUAUCCUCACCACCCUCACACACGGUGAAGUCUGCACCGCUGCCCUCAGGUGACCUCUACACCACCAGCCAGGUCCGCUCCCGCAGCCUGCUCUUCUAUGACGAGGGUGCCCCAGUGGAGGACGGCCACAGGGGCGUGCUGAGGCAUUCCAAUGACAUUCAGCCCCAGAACUGUGAGAAGAGAAAUGUGCCCAUCCAUACACUGAAACUCCCCUUUACCAGCAAGCACUGA